GACACAACAGUGAAAACAAGAAGUUCCUGGUUGUGUGCUUUCAAUGUCAUAGAUAGAAAAAUCCCAUGCAUCAGGAAAAUUAUGGGAGAUGCACAUGCCGAUAUCGUUUGGGAGCCGCUUCUUACAAGAAACAACGAAGCAUCUAAGCUCGACUCAGACGAAGAGGAUGACGUUGUGUUUGAAAGAAGUGGACGCGAUGCAACUGUCGGCAAUGCUUCUGUAAAACUCUCCUAUACAGAGGCGAUUGAAGAAGCGGGUUUUGGGUUGUUUCAUGGCCUUCUGCUUGUGAUAUGUGGCUGGGCAAACGCUAGUGAUGCAGUAGAAAUACUGUGUGUGUCAUUUUUACUGCCCACAGCUCGGUGCGAUCUUCACCUGAGCUCCUCUGACAUGGGUAUACUGAUGGCAAGCCUUUUUCUCGGUAUGAUGAUUGGAGGCUAUACAUGGGGCUACCUUGCCGACAGAAGGGGACGCCAGAAAGUCCUUAUAGCCUCUCUGACGGUUAACGGUAUUUUUGGUUCCCUUGCCAGUUUUGCGUCGAGAUUUUGGCUUUUUCUGCUGCUGCGGUUCAUCAGUGGUUUUGGGGUGGGUGGGUCGAUCCCAGUCAUUUUCUCCUACUUCUCGGAGUUUCAGCCGCGACACAGAAGAGGUGCAAUGAUCAGCGCCUUGGCCACCUUCUGGAUGGCAGGAAACAUACUCGCUGCAGGUCUGGCUUGGUUGGUCAUACCAAACACAGCGCUCAGGUUUCAGCUGGGAGGACUAGACUUUCAGAGCUGGAGGCUCUUUAUGGUGCUAUGCGCCGUUCCAAGUCUUUCAUCUGCACUGGUGUUCAAGCUCGCCAUGCCAGAGAGCCCCAAGUUCCUCAUCGAGGCCGGGCGCCAUGCAGAAGCGUUAAGGGUGUUCAGGAAGAUGUUUGUGAUGAAUCACAGAGGCAGUAUGAAGCCAUUCCCGAUGGCUGGCUUACUUAACAGUCUAGAGGACAAGCAUGAAAGUGCUUCACCAGUCAGUAGAGAGGUGAAGUCUCAGAAUCUGGCUGGCUGCCUCAGAAUGGGAACAGACCCCAUACGGCAACUUUUCAACGGACCCCUAGCAUCACGGAGCACAGCUCUUACGAUUAUAUUCUACUGCAUCUCAUUUGGGUACUACGGGCUCUGGAUGUGGUUCCCUGAACUAUUUAAGCGAACGGAAGCCGGAGGGUCCCCAUGUGCCAACAUGUCCCGCACCCGCACCGAAAGCAACGAGAGCUGCUACCCUGUCAAAACUGCCGUGUACAUGGAGGCUUUCCUCACUGCACUCGCCAACCUGCCAGGCAACAUCUUCACCAUCUUAAUAAUGGACACUAUCGGCGGAAAGAUUCUCCUCUCCUCGAGUCUGCUGGUGUCAAGUCUCAGUGUGUUCUUCAUCUGGGAGGUGACCACUAAAACCCAGAGCCUGAUCAUGUGCUGCGUCUUCAGUGGCGUGUCAGUCAUAUCCUGGAACGCUCUGGAUGUCAUCGGCACUGAACUUUACCCAACACAAUUAAGAUCGUCUGCCCUGGGCUUCUUCACUGGCGUGGGUAGGGUAGGGGCCAUCAUGGGUAAUGUAGUUUUUGGACAGCUAGUUGACACCAACUGUGCAGUGCCCAUCCUGAGUGUGUCACUACUGCUGCUGACUAGUGGACUGGUGGCCCUGCGUUUGCCAAAGACUAAACAAGCAGAACUCACUUGAGAGAGCGAGAGAGAGAGACAGAGAGAGAGAGAGAAUCAAGCCAAACUCAGAACUCAUCUUAGGGACAGAUAAGCAAGCAAAUAGAACAAAACAAGUAGAGCGUACCCAAGCAAAGACACAGACAGAACUUAUCUGACAGAAAACCCUAGCAGAUCUUGCCUGAGACUGCAUAGAAUUCAGUCUAUCUGCAGUUUAGACUUCCACAGUGUUACUGUUGUGAAGAGUAGAAAUGCUGUUGGUCCUUUGGCCUUCUUACGCAUAAGUGCACUUUUCCAAAGAGUGAUUUUGUGACUCAACUUUGUUUUAAAUAUUACUGCUGGCUUUAGAUACAUGACCAAUAUUUACAAAUGUUUUUUUUUCAAAUUACAAAUGGUAUGUGCUGAAUAUUCACAAACAGUUUUAAGGGGGGAUCAUACAUAAUGCACCACUCAAUGUCAAGAUGUUCAAACACACGGUGUGACUGAAGAAGUCCAUGAUUUUGCCAACUGUCAUUGUGUUUACAUUCUAAGGAAUUCAAAAUAUAACCACACACAUUACACACAUUACAUUGUCAAUGUCAACACAUGAAACAAAACAUUCCUAACUAGUAAAUAACAAGAAGAACUAACAUAUGAUAAUCAUGGUACUGUUUAAGAUUGCUUAAAGUUAGUUACUUAAACUCUAUUUAAUGAUGUAAUGUAAUAUGCUUAUAGGAAUACGGAUGUAUAAUGCUUUUGUGCCAAAUAUUCAUAUAUUAAAUUAUUUGUGAGAAUAUGUUGACUAGAUUUGACUUGUGUUGCAUUCAUAUUAAUACCUCCAGUAAUAUUAGCCUCAUAUGUACUUGCACCCAUUUUGUGAAGAUCUCAAAGUAGUUGAUAACUCAAACUCCAAAGGCUUCAUAAAUUCAUUAGCAAUAAUCUCUGACUCUCUCUCUCUCUCUCCUCACACACACACAAACAAAUCCAGGUCUUGAUUUUCAGCAUGGAAGACCUGAGAAUUUUGCUCAUAAUGAUUUAGAGUUGAAAUCCUUGUGUUUUUAGCAUGUGGCAACUCUCUCCAACACCCCAGUCCUCCUGUCCCUUCCCACGUCCCCAUCUACACACACACACAGGAUCAUCUAUGUGGGCCAGACAGGCUGCCCCUCUUUAUGGUAUUAUUUCCACAGUCUUACAUAGGCCUAAUGAAUAGUGAUAUGGUAAUGGUUUACCACACACACACACACGCACACACACAUCCUAAGAUUCCAACGUAUUAUUAGAAACUACAUUCUAUCAAGUUUAACCAUGAUUCAAUAAUAAAGACGAUGUUCUU